AAAUAAAAAAAAUACACAAAAAAGUAACGUAAACGUAACACCUCUACUUUGUGUGUUUAUUUUUCCAGUAUUAUUAGUAUUUGUUUUUUUUUUUCUCCCUCUCCUUCCAUUCCAUAAUCGUGUGGAUCUCUUCACAAAUUAUCCAUUUAUAUUUAUAUCACUCGCAUUAUUAUUCUUCCAUCCAUUUUUUUUUUCUUCUUCUUCCGAUCUAUAUAUCGUAAAUUCUCAAGAUCUAGGGUUCAUUCUCUGAAUUCACAGCUGUAAUCACAAUCGCAUUCCGAUUCCGAUAUAGAAUAUAAUCAAUGCACGCGUUUUCGAUCCAAAUGCAUUCUUAAACCUAAUUUACGAUUCGUUUUUCAUCAUUCUUCUUCAAUGGAGGUUGUUACCGAUGCGGCGUCUUUGGAUGUUGAAUUGUUGCAGCUACCAGAUGUAUCUACUUUGUUUCUUAAGUCUAAUCUCACCUUCGUUGAGACGCUUUUCGAUCAAUGGCUUUCGGUUCCUGAUAGCAAUCGUCUCGUAACAUCAUUGCUAAAUGAUGCAAAAUCCGGUGUUCCGUUGAAUGUCCCGGGGAAUUGCUCAAGUCCAAAUGCUUCGAGCAAUUCUUUGCCUUCUAUGUUUCCUGCUGGCACCGCACCACCUCUUUCACCGAGAAGUUCAUCCGGUUCCCCUCGCAUAUUGAAACAGAGAGUUGGACCUUCUAAUUUGGGUUCUUCUUUAAAAGUUGUUAGCGAGCCUGUUAGAGAACUUAUACCUCAGUUCUACUUCCAAGAUGGGCGUCCUCCUCCCAAUGAACUGAAAGAACAAUGCAUGCUUAGAAUUGACCAUUUAUUCCCUGAUCAGUCACAUGGGCUGCAGAUACAUGAAUUCAAGUCAGUUACCAAGGAAAUAUGCAAGCUGCCAUCUUUUCUUUCCACAUCUCUUUACAGAAAGAUCGAAAAUGGAGCUGGUAUUGUGACAAGGAAAGCAUUUAUUGAUUAUUGGAUUAAUGGCAACUUGUUGACGAAGGAUAUAGGGACCCAAAUAUACACAAUUUUAAAGCAACCACAGCUCAAUUACCUUACUCAGGAUGAUUUUAAACCUAUACUACGUGAGCUUUUGGCAACUCAUCCUGGGCUGGAGUUCCUGCAGAGCACACCUGAGUUUCAAGAGAGAUAUGCUGAAACUGUGAUACACAGAAUAUUUUACUACAUCAAUAGAUCAGGAACUGGUCGUCUUACCCUGAGGGAGCUGAAGCGUGGAAACAUAAUUGAUGCAAUGCAGCAUGCCGAUGAAGAAGAAGACAUCAACAAAGUUUUGAGAUACUUCUCUUACGAGCACUUUUAUGUUAUAUACUGCAAGUUUUGGGAGCUGGAUACAGAUCAUGAUUUCCUGAUAGACAAAGAGAAUCUUAUCAGAUAUGGUAACCACGCACUUACCUAUCGAAUUGUCGAUAGAAUAUUUUCUCAGGUCCCAAGAAAAUUUACUAGUAAAGUUGAGGGAAAGAUGGGAUAUGAAGAUUUUGUUUACUUCAUACUAGCAGAAGAGGAUAAAUCAUCUGAGCCAAGUCUUGAAUAUUGGUUUAAGUGUGUUGAUUUGGAUGGGAACGGAGUUCUAACACGGAAUGAACUGCAAUUUUUUUACGAGGAGCAACUGCAUCGAAUGGAGUGCAUGGCUCAGGAACCUGUGCUUUUUGAGGAUAUAUUGUGCCAGAUAAUUGACAUGGUUAAAUCCGAGAACGAAAGCUAUAUCACUCUGCGUGACCUGAAAGGUGGAAAGCUCUCUGGAAGUGUUUUCAAUAUCCUGUUCAAUCUAAAUAAGUUCAUGGCCUUUGAAACUCGUGACCCAUUUUUGAUUCGCCAGGAACGUGAGAAUCCUACGUUGACAGAGUGGGAUCGCUUUGCUCACAGAGAAUAUAUUAGGCUUUCAAUGGAAGAAGAUGUAGAGGAUGUUUCUAAUGGAAGUGCAGAAGUUUGGGAUGAAUCACUAGAGGCUCCCUUCUGACAUCUUCUAUUAUAUGAGAAAAGAUAUCAACGCCCUAGAUCGGAUGACUGGCCCUUGUGCAGAGACUAUAGAGUUGGUGGGUCAGCUUUGAGUCCAUACUUCGCCCCUGCAAAAUGGAAUGUAUUUUGGAUGGGUGCCGGUGGAAACAAAGAUAUCCAUAUCUGCUGGUAGUUACAGACAUUGGGACCUUUAUCAUGGAAGUUUUAUUGCUUGUACCAAUUGUCCAUGUAAAGUAAGGACAUUUGCUAAGCGACAAUUAGCCCCAAGUUGAAUUAAAUUAAAUUAAAUUGACAUCAUUUGAGUAUGUUGCCAUAAGUAACGAGAAAUUUAGAUGGAUUUUUGUUUACUGGUCGUUUUGUUUUAAUGGUCUAGUCACUUUGGCCAUGAUCAGUUUACUUGUAAAUUACAUUUCCAAUUUUUUCUGUAGUCAACUACUCAGGCCGUCAUUUGAUGAAUUCCCUUUUCGUUUUAGCCUUAAGGCCAA